GUCCUGGGUGGGAAAAACCUAGGUCCCUUUUACUGUAACUUGAACUCUCGGUGUUGGAACCGCGAUGUCCUGCUCUGUUUUGAGAGUGCGGCGCAAAAGGCGGUUCGGUUAACCGGGUGGCCUUUGGGUCAGUCCUCGGCAAGUAAGUAACUAAUUGCUGCUGAGUGCAGAGCUGACUUGCAGAAAAGGUUCAAGGUGAACUCAGAACCGGAGCCCGGGAGCCAUGCUCGGCCCCGCCCCGCGUAGGCGUGGCAGCGGCGUUGCGGGGCGCGGCCGCGGGUUAUAGGACACGCCGGGCGCUCGCGGAAGGGCAGAGCGCUCGCAGCGGGACCCGCGGGACCCUCAGCAGUUCCUGCGCAGGACCCCACGAGACCCGGAACCUUCGCAUCGGGCCAUGGCGGCCGCUCCGGGCGCCCGACUCCUGCGCGCCGCCUGCGCCUCCGUCGCUUUCCGUGGCCUGGACCGCCGUCGGCUGCUGUUCUGCGGGGCCCGCGCGGGGACUGCCGUCGCUCAGUGGCCCCCGAGCCCCGUCGUGCGUGCGGAGGGAGGGCCAGGCCGGCCGCUGAGCCUGUCUGCGCCCGCGCGGAGCAGCUCAGAAGAUAAGAUAACGGUCCACUUCAAGAACCGUGAUGGUGAAACGUUAACGGCCAAGGGAAAAGUUGGUGACUCUCUGCUAGAUGUUGUGAUUGAAAGUAAUCUAGAUAUUGAUGGUUUUGGUGCGUGUGAGGGGACCUUGGCUUGCUCUACCUGUCACCUUAUCUUUGAGGAUCAUAUAUAUGAGAAGCUAGAUGCCAUCACUGACGAGGAGAAUGACAUGCUUGACCUGGCUUAUGGACUAACAGACAGGUCACGAUUGGGUUGCCAAAUCUGUUUGACCAAAGCUAUGGACAAUAUGACUGUUCGUGUGCCUGAGGCAGUGUCGGAUGUCAGACAGUCUGUUGACAGGAGCAAGAAUUCCUAAGCUACAAUAAAAAGAAAUAUUUUCAUGAAAGUCUUACCUACUUUUAUAAUUAUUUCUUAGUACAGCUAAGUGAUUACAUGACAGGAUAUAUUUCUCAGUAUGAAUAACUAUGCUGCCUUAAUUCAGUUUUGUAGUACUGAAAGUCUGCAGUUUUUAUUUUGAUUAAAUUACUAAAAUGUCAGUUUAGUCAGGAUCAAUGGCACAUGCCUGUAAUCCCAACAUUCUGGGAGGCAAAGGCAGGCAGAUCUCUGAGUUUGAGGCCAGCAGCCAAGGCUGCACAGAAAACCCUGUCUUGAAAAAAAAUUUUAAAUUAGAUGACAGCUGAUAAAAUAAACUCCCUAUGUAUUUUA